CACACAGAGUUCCAAUCGUGCGUGAAUUUUGGGACACCCUAUACAACAGCGUAGACGUGUGUACAGUAGCCGUGUGUGCAGCCUUCCUAUGGAACUGUCAUGUGCUGUGUGAGUGUGAGGAGGGGAGCCCUGCUUAGCUUGCAGAGCUGCGUGGCCCGGAGUAGGAAGGGUGGGGCGUGCCGCUCCGAUGGGGCCCUGACCCAGCUCUGGCCGCAGGAGCCAGAUGGCCGCCGUCCUGCGGAGCCCUCCGGCCCUGCAGCUCACCCUGGCCCUCAUCAAGCCCGAUGCCGUCGCUCACCCGCUGAUUCUGGAGGGCGCUUCUUCUACCAGCGGCUGGUGGAGUUCAUGGCCAGCGGGCCCAUCCGAGCCUACAUCCUCGCCCACCCGGACGCCAUCCAGCUCUGGAGGACGCUGAUGGGGCCCACCAGGGUGUUCCGCGCCCGCCACGUGGCCCCCGACUCCAUCCGAGGGAGUUUCGGCCUCACCGACACCCGCAACACCACCCAUGGCUCCGACUCCGUGGCCUCCGCCAGCAGAGAGAUCGCAGCCUUCUUCCCCGACUUCAGCGAGCGACGCUGGUAUGAGGAGGAGGAGCCGCAGUGGCGCUGGGGCUCCGUGCGCUACAGUCCGGAGGGGGGUGUCCACUGCGCAGCGGGCACAGGCGGCCAGGACCGGCCUGGCCCCGGCCUGUGGGCCUGAAGGCUGGAUGGGGAGGCUGGGGCUCAUGGCGGCCAGGCCCUGCCCCACCUGAGAGCCUGGCUCCUCACUGCCGCCGCCUGCGAGCCUCUCUCUCCUCUGCCUCUUCGCUGGGCUGGUCCUGGGGGUUCAGGGGAAGGAGGGCUCCUCUUUGCCCUGAAACUGUUCACACUUUUUCGAGGAGGAGCUGCCCGAGUGACUGACUUUGAGCCACCUGGCCCUCCCUCCGUGCGAGUCCCUGUCCGACCCGCCUCCCGCAGGCCGGCUGCUCAGGGCCUGCUGGUCCUGAUGGAGUCAGUGAGCCUGUCCUGAGGCCCUUCCCCUCCGGUGCCCGGGGGUCCACACACAGUGCGGCUCAGUGGGCUCCGGUCCCGGCUGGGCCCCAGGCCUGGCCUGCGCCCUGGGGGGAGGGGCGGCCUGAUGAAUCAACUCAAAAUGUAGUUCUUCAGAGAAUAAUCUCGCCCCGGCCAGUGUGUCUCAGUGGAUAGAGCACCGACCAGCAGACUGAAGGGUCCCAGGUUCAGUUCCGGUCAAGG